UUUCAGGAAACGGCGGCAAAAAUGUGCAUAAAAGGAGAACGAAACGUUCAUUUCCUCAGUCUUCACUGCUCAUCAUGCGUUUUUGCCUUCUCGUUGCUUUCAUCCUUCCUGGGCUAUUCCUCGUUCAUGCAGCUCCGACUUCUUCAACCGAGCUUCCUGAAGCUAGUGGUGAAGCUCCAGAAACAUCACCAUUGGUUCAAAACGACGAACAGCCGCAUCAACGACUGACGUUCUACAACUGGGACUACAAGGAUCUCGGCACAACGGCAUUCGAAGACAUCUCGUUCCCAGCUCGACAGCCGCCAGCCUUCGUCAAUCAGACUGAGAAGUGUCCCGAUGGAUGGCUUCGGUUCGCCGAUUCGUGCUACUGGAUCGAGAAGGAGCUUCUUGGAUUCGCCAAGGCCGAGAGAAAUUGCUUCGAGAAGCAGUCAACACUGUUCGUGGCCAAUUCGAUUGAAGAGUGGGACGCAAUUCGUGUUCAAGCCAAGGAAGCCUUCUUUUCGUGGAUCGGACUUGUCAGAUUCACCCAUUACGAGAAGUUGGAGCAGUUGCCAAGAUGGCAGACUGAAGGAGCUCUCAAUCCAACCAAAAUCAACUGGCUCAUCAAACCAUACAAGCCACUCUUCAACGGUUGGUCAUCACUCGCCAAUUGUGCUGCCAGCUACAAAUCACCAUCAUCCCUGGAAUCGGCAUCAUACACGUACUUCUACCCGUGCACGUAUAUGCUGUACUCCAUUUGUGAACGCAAUUCGACCAUCGUCAACGCGUUGCAGUGAAGCCUUCUGUACUUCUGACACCAAUCUAAUCAUGUAAACAAUCAUCCACAACUAAUCGUUUAUUAUUUGUCACCGGGUUCCAUCCCCCUUACGUUUGACAAUCAUUGCACUCACUUUAUAAAUUUUGAGACGUUAUGUAUUUAUAUCGGAAAAUAAAUUUUCAACAUCAAAUCCUGUUUUCUAU